AUGAAAGUGUUGUUUUGUACAUUUGUUAUAAUAAGUGGGUGUGUUGCAACCAAUUAUUUAUCGACAGAUGGUCUAACAAAUUUAUUUAUUCGAGCGGGCAAAAAUAAUUUAAAUCACUCAGACUGGGGCACGAUACAUGAUUUGGCAGAAAUUUUAUAUUUGCCGCAAGAUGAAUUUGUAAACGAUGAAACAAGAUUGGCAGGCAGAUCGAAUCUCUUUUGCGUUUUAUGUCGGUCGGUAUUCUCAGCAUUCAUCGAUUUAGUAAAUGCGGGUGUAAAUGACGAAGAUUUAGUCGAUUCAAUAGUUCUCAUUUGUAAUACUUUAUCCAUUGUCAGUCCGAAAGUGUGCCAUGGAGCUGUUUUAUUAAAUGUGCCAAUUUUGUCAUACAUAGUAAGGAAUACGCCAGAAGCCGAAGCGAGCACGUUUUGUGGGGUUUUCUUCCAAACCGCAAUAGAAACUGAAAACUGUAGGUAUAAUGAUGAAAGAUUUAAUUGGAAAGUCGAAUUGCCCCCUAGUGGAGAAAUUUCUAAGAUUUCUUACGACAAUAGAAAACCUCUUACUGUGGCGAUAAUCACAGAUGCCCACAUCGAUCCUCUAUACGAGGAAAACGGCGUAGCUGAUUGUUCAGAACCAACAUGUUGUAGAAAGGGACAGACACCGAGAAAUCAUAAAUACACGUAUAAUCCAGACAGAGACGAGUCUAUUAUAUUAAAAAGUUUAAAUAUCGUUAAUGGUGAACCUAUUAUAGAUAUUGGUGUAGCUAAAACGUUACGGGAGGUUAGAAAUGUUACAAGAAAGAGUGAGAGGUUUGAGCCUCCAGCAGGAUACUGGGGCGAUUACAGGAAUUGCGAUUCACCGAUUCGGGCGUACGAUGACGUUGUGGAUAGAAUACAUUCAUCACAUAAGGAUGUAGACCUUAUUUAUUACAUGGGAGAUACGAUUGAUCAUCACGUAUGGGAAACCACCUACGAGUUGAUUGACGAUGUUAAUCAAUACCUUGUAAAUAAACUGCGUAAAACUUUUGGUGACGUUCCCGUCAUAGCUACUAUUGGAAACCACGAAUCUCAGCCGACUAAUCAAUUUGCCCCUGAAAGAAUAUCACAAGAGAAGUUAAACACAACCUGGCUGUACGAGAGCUUAGCCCGGAAAUGGGGAAUAUAUUUAACAGAGGAAGCGAAGACAACGCUGCGUAGACGGGGCGAUUUUUCUAUGGUUGUACGACCGGGCCUGAGAGUAAUAUCACUUAACACUAAUAUCGCUUAUAAGAACAAUUGGUGGCUAGUCUUCGAUCCACUGGAUGCUAAAACCCAUCUAGAUUGGCUAGUAUGUGAACUAUACAACGCAGAAAAAGCCGGUGAAAAAGUUCAUAUCCUGACACACAUUCCUCCUGGAGUUCAUGACUUAGUAAAUCCAUGGACACGGGAAUACAAUAGAAUUGUGAAUAGAUUUCAACAAACAAUAGCAGCGGAAUUCAAUGGUCACACUCACACAGAUGAGUUUAAGGUAUUUUAUAGUAUUGAAGAUAAGGAUAUUCCUAUUGCUGUAUCAUGGGGGGGCGGAAGUGCCAGCGCAUACUCGAAUAAUAACGUGAAUUAUAAAAUAGCUGUGCUUGAUCCUAAUAACUACAACCCUAUAAGCAUCAGCAACUAUGUGUAUAACUUAACAGAAGCAAACUUAACGCCAAAUAGACGACCGCAUUGGUUCAAACUCUACGAUUUUAAAAACACAUAUGGUGUCAAAGACCUCUCCCCAAAUUCAUUGAAUGAGCUAGUUUACUCAAUGGUGACAGACAAAAAAUAUUUAUUAGACAUUUAUAGCGCAUUUUACACAAAACUAAGCGACAGAAGGUGGCCAUAUUGCUCUAACGAUUGCAAAAUAGCCAAUUUAUGUAGGAUUGUUGUCACUGUACUUUUUGACCGCAAAAAGUGUGAGGAAUUAACAAAGUUGUAUUAUUCGAGAAAAUAA